UUAAAAGUAAAAAUCAUACUAACCAAAAGCAAAGUCUAGAACAAGAGCAAAUAAGUUUAAUCGACAUGGCCAAUCCUGGUAAUUGGCCAUCUUUUCUUAUGUUGGUCUUGGCCUUGUAUGCCAUUGCUGCUCAUACAAGUGCCCAAUACACAUACUCUCCGCCAUCACCACCUCCAUAUGUCUACAAGCCACCAACACCUCCUCCAUACGUCUACAGCUCUCCUCCAUAUGACUACAAGCCACCAACGCCUCCUCCUUAUGUCUACAGCCCUCCUCCAUAUGUUUACAAGCCACCAACACCUCCUCCUUACGUUUACAGCCCUCCUCCAUAUGUUUACAAGCCACCAACUCCUCCUCCCUACGUCUAUAGCCCUCCUCCAUAUGAGUACAAGCCACCAACACCUCCUCCCUACGUCUACAGCCCUCCUCCAUAUGUUUACAAGCCACCAACACCUCCUCCCUAUGUUUACAGCCCUCCUCCAUAUGUUUACAAGCCACCAACUCCUCCUUCCUACGUUUACAGCCCUCCUCCAUAUGAGUACAAGCCACCAACUCCUCCUCCCUACGUCUACAGCCCUCCUCCAUAUGUUUACAAACCACCAACACCUCCUCCCUAUGUUUACAGCCCUCCUCCAUAUGUUUACAAACCACCAACACCUCCUCCCUACGUUUACAGCCCUCCUCCAUAUGUCUACAAGCCACCAACUCCUCCUCCCUACGUCUACAGCCCUCCUCCAUAUGUUUACAAGCCACCAACACCUCCUCCCUAUGUUUACAGCCCUCCUCCAUAUGUUUACAAGCCACCAACUCCUCCUCCCUACGUCUACAGCCCUCCUCCAUAUGAGUACAAGCCACCAACUCCUCCUCCCUACGUCUACAGCCCUCCUCCAUAUGAGUACAAGCCACCAACACCUCCUCCCUACGUNNNCAAACCACCAACACCUCCUCCCUACGUUUACAGCCCUCCUCCAUAUGUUUACAAGCCACCAACACCUCCUCCCUACGUUUACAGCCCUCCUCCAUAUGUCUACAAGCCACCAACACCUCCUCCUUACGUCUACAGCCCUCCUCCAUAUGUCUACAAGCCACCAACCCCUCCCCCUUACGUCUACAGCCCUCCUCCAUAUGAGUAUAAGCCACCAACUCCUCCUCCCUACGUCUACAGCUCUCCUCCAUACGUUUACAAGCCUCCACCAUCACCUCCUCCUUAUGUCUACAGCUCUCCUCCAUACGUUUACAAGCCUCCACCAUCACCUCCUCCUUAUGUCUACAGCUCUCCUCCAUAUGUUUACAAGCCUCCAAGCUAUAGUUCUCCUCCAAUAUACUAAACAAACAUAUCAUGACAGUUUCGUUUAUCAUCUAUUAUAGUUAUGGAAUAAAUAUAUCUCUUUCUAAAUUGUCAUACAUGAAAUGUAUUAAUGUGGUUAUAAACCAAGUGCAUUCUUUGUUGUGCGUUUGCUUCUU